AUGUUUUUGAUUUGUGCAGAACCUUACAUUCUGAUCAUGGAGUAUGUGACAUAUGGCACUCUGAGGACCUUCCUGCAGACCAACAGAGCUCAUUUAAGUGAAGACCCUGAGCUGCAGAGCCUCCUCACCAUCGCUUCCUACCACAUCGCUCUGGCCCUGCAGCACCUGCGCUCCAAAAUGAUUGUGCACUGUGACCUGGCUCUGAGGAACAUCAUGGUCAAUAAGUUUCCCUGGGAGGUAAAGGUAGCGGAGUUCGGACUGGCCCGAGAUUUAACGCGCAUGACAAGCCGCCGCAGCAGCAGCAGCCGCUGGAGGAACCCAAGGCAGCGUGUGCCGCUGCGAUGGUACCCACCUGAGUACUUCAAGAACAACUAUUACAGCUUCAAAGGAGACGUGUGGGCCUUCGGCAUCGUGCUGUGGGAGAUGCAGACAUUUGGUACACUGCCAUACCCAAACCUGGAGACAUCAGAAGCGGUCAUGUAUCACAUCUGUAUUGGUCAUAAGAACACAAACCCUGAAGGCUGCAGACCAGAGAUACUUCAUAUCAUGAAAGACUGUUGGCUGGAGCCCUACACUCUGAGACCCUCGUUCACAGACAUCGUCCGCAUGCUGGAGAACAUCAUGGAAAGCGAUGCGGAUUAUGUGGAUGUUGAAAGUCCACUUUUGCUGAAAGAGGAGGCUGAAUAUCAUGAAGCUCGAUGUCUACGGGCAGCCAGCGUCACCUUGGAAGAUGCAAAUACCGUCUAAGUAUCAGAAAGAUGUUUUCUGAACAAUUGAAUGUAUUUAAAACAAAUCUAAAUGGGUUUGUUUCCUUUUUAAGGCUGCAUUGAUCUACUAAGCCUUUCAAGCGCUUUCUAAAAUAUAGCAACUGUAAAAUGAUCACACAUCAACAAAUCAACAGAGAGCAUGGUCAAAAUUAUGUACUUAUUAUAUAUUCUUGUUAAGAACUGUAAACUAUGUUUUAUGUUGUAUUUUUCCAUUAUAAAUGUGUUUAUAUUUAUUUUUGUAUCCAUCCUGUUGAUAACUC